AUGUUCAACAAAUUGCUUGAAUCCCCCACCAAGCCCCACCAAGCCCCCUCCAAGCCCCCACCAAAGCCCCUCCAAGCCCCCACCAAGCCCCCUCCAAGCCCCCACCAAACCAACCCCACCAAGCCCCCACCAAGCCCCACCAAGACCCCACCAAGCCCCCAUCCCCCUACCAAGCCCCCAUUAAGCCCCCCACCAACCCCUACCAAGCCCCCUCCAAGCCCCCUCCAAGCCGCCAUCAAGCCCCCACCAAAGCCACCAAGCCCCACCAAGCCCCACCAAGCCCCUCCAAGCCCCCACCAAGCCCCUCCAAGCCCCCACCCCCCCCACCAAGCCCCCAUUAAGCCCUAA